UCAAAAUUGUUGCUGGCUGCUAAACAGAUUUUCGCUAUUUUUCAUAAAAGGUAGAAUUGUUUGAGAAUCAAAUAAAUGGACGCAAAUCGCGGAAUUCUCUUGGCUGUAGAUCAAUUAUGCUCACGGCUGAAAUUGUUACCUCUUGUGGAAAGUUGUGAACAAGCUUGGCCUACGAGAAUCGACCUCCAAUUGAUUGUUCCCAACUAUCAGAAUAAUUUGUUUGCUCUACGGGAAAUGAUAAGAGAAAAUGGGUCUCUGCUGUUAUCCGAGGUCACAGAUAAUAUGCUGAGGGUCAUCAUAUCGGUGAUUCAAUGUUGCUAUGAGUCGACGGCUUUUCUGUUAGAUGAAGGUCUAGCCGAUGUGCAACGAUCAAUUCGGGACGAAUUCGUUUGGGAUAAAGUCGUGGUGCAUCAUAGCAGUGGAAUGAUUAUGCUCACGCUGUUCAAGCACUACGAAAAAGUCCUUCUUUCGGACAGUUGGUUCUAUCAUUUUGGAGAUCUUUCAAGCUUCUGGGGCUUCGUGUGGGAUUUGUUAGGUUCCGACGUUCAACAUUGCCUUCUAAAUCGUAGCGUUGUUGCUUUGAUCGAGCAGAUUUGCUUUAAGCUGAUGCGCUCGCAGUCCAUUCAGUUGUGCAUUAAAGGUGUGACGAUAAUCGAGGAAUGCAUCUAUAAAACCCGCAAUUGUUCGCUGAUGGAUUAUGAAGUUUUGUACGAUCAGCUGUUUUUGAGUACUUGGAGGAUGUUUGAGAACGAUGAACGAAAUCAAAAAAUAUCCGUCAUACUGUUGAAUGCUUUAAUCGAGUGUAUCAAAGUGCUUGAAGUGGAUAGGAACCAAUUGUUUACAGUUAUUCGACAUUUUGAUAAUUUUAGUAGAGCUGAUGCUUUGAUGGAGCUUCUAUUGAAAGGUCUUGCUGCUUCCAAGACCCUGGAAAGAUCAACUGCAUUGAUCAAAUAUGUUAUCCUGCUGCUCACGAUUGAACAUUCGCACCUCCGAGUUCUCGAGCGGAGGGAUAUAGUAGCGUUUAAUUCAGGAGAUUUAGAAAGCAAGACUUCCAUUGCUGAUGAAUUGAUAAUUAUGGAUGGAAGGGACAUAAUUGGUGUAACUGACUGGUGGAAAAUAGCUGAGCAAUUGGACCAUAGUCGUUUUCAUCUGUGGACUUCAAAGUUGCUCUAUAUGCUGGCCACUGAAAUUGAUAAAUUGGAUGAUGUUACUGUUUAUCUGCAGUAUCUCAUCUGUGUUCUAUUCUUCAUAAUCGACUGCCCCGGAUUGUGCUUCGACUCGUCAAAUGUCUUCAUUGAUACCAUCAAUUUGAUGGUAACAUUCCUUCGGAAGUAUGCCAACACAUUGAACUGUGCUUUCAUGCUAGGUGAAGAUAUGAAUACCUCAAUGAAAGGCUGCGUUCAGUUUUUCCAUGCUGCUGUGCAGUUGUUGAAGGAAUUUUCAAUCGGUGUACUUCGGAAUCAUCCCAAUCUCUCGGAUUCUCUGACAAAAGGAUGCGGAAAUGGGUAUGAAUUGGAUCAGAUUAGAUAUUUGGAUGACAUCACCCUGGAAAUGUAAAAUUGGACAUACCGACAAAUCAAACGCCCUAUCUAAGUGAAAUAUGGUCUGGCGCAAAUCAAUUUAAAGAAUUAAUCUUCAGUAUUGUUUAUAAUUUAGCUAAAACUUGUGUUGAAUAAUUAUGCCA